AUGAAUCAGCUCAGUAUCCCUGCACUGAACAAGUGGACCACGGUGUCCCCUUCUGCUACCGUGGUGGCAGCUAUGCAGCACUUCUGCGGGAUCUUUCCCAAGGUUUUCAGAGAAUGCUUUCCCGUCAAGCCCUCUGGGCGGUGUUCAUCUUCAGAAGACGAACAGGACGAAGCGGCUCAGCUUGGUCAGCCAAUCGACCAGACGAAGCAAUGGCGUCGUUUGGCCAGGAAAAGGCAGCGCAAGGCAGGCGUGUAUCUUUCGGAUGAAGCUUCGUCUUUUCGCACUUUGCUGUGGGCUGUUGUUACCGCUCCCGUCAUGAAGAUUCACUUUGCUUUAUUUAAACGAGCAACGUGGUUUUGCGAGCGAAGCCGGCCUGACGAGCCUGAGCCCGAGGACGAUUUGAGCUCGACCGCGGCCUUCAUUAAUGCUGCUCUUAGCCCUGCCACAAAAUGCAUUCGUUUGCUGGGCAACGCACUGGCUGACCCAUCCCAUGACUUAUGGCUUCCUUUGCAAGGCUCCUACACCCCAGCUGGCCGUGGAGCUGAUAUUUUGCUGUGGCCUCAGGACAAGCUUCGCACGACUCGCAGGUGCGUUGUGACCUUGACUGGGCAGAUGUGGCGGAAGCUGAUUGAAACCUGGGAAAGGUACCCCUGGAAACUUACGGAGUUUCUCCAAGGUUCCGAAGACGAGCGCCUAGAGUCAGCCAAGAAACUUCUAGCGAUAAAGCCGUGCUGCCUUGAUGGCUUCACAGCCAAACUGUUCAACAUUUGUUCAAGUCCUGAGAGCUUGGCCAGUCAGGAAACCCUUCAUUUUCUUCGAGGGGUCUUUGACCGAGUUGUGCCAACAUCUACAUACGUGGAAAGGAUGUUUGCGAGAUUCGGGAAAUGGGUUGAGACAAAGGGCCACAAGUUGCAUAUGUCGCAGCUUGUGGCGAAACACUUCACCAACACGUUUGGCAGCCUGGUCGAAAGCUGGAGAGAGAAGGAGAGGAAAAAGGGCAAUAUUGCACGGCCCCGAAGCCAGAGACAUCGGCCUCUCUGGGCCUUUGCCGGCCGCCAGCGACGGGCACUAACCGGCCUGCACAUCUUCACUGAAGACUUUCUGUCUUCUCGAGAUCACCUCCGAGGCGAGGAGGCUGGUGAGGCCCAGCUCGCCCGGGCGACAAGAGCCUGGCGUGUGCUUUCGGCUGACGAACGCCGGCGCUGGAAGUUCCUUGCUAAGGGGAGGAAUCGGCAGCAGCGGGUGGCCAUCGGCCCAGUUUCGAAUGUACUUGGCGGACCAUGGAAUUUGGGUUCUUCAGAUGGGUUUCCUCUCUCCCGACAUAUCGUCACCAAGCACAUGGACAAGCGUAAAGAUAUGGUGAAGGACUUUUGCUGGCAACACAAUCUUCUACAGCCAGAAAACUUCGACUCCAUGGAUGUAUGGCCCGAGUGCGCCCACAACCUGUUUGCCCUUUGCUCCUCCAGGUCUUGCAUUUCCAGAUUAUCAGAAGACCAAAAGGCGGUUUUUGAUGCAUUGUUGAAGGUGCUCAUCUAUACCAUCAUGAGCUAUGCUCCUUUGCCGCUCACUGCCGCCGAGGAGCCUAUGGUGCUAGCUUUCGCUUCUUUACAGCAGCAGUCGACUGGGUGUGCUUCGGACUUCGCGGACAAGACCGAAUACGUCUGUGUUGCUUACAACACACGGAAGCCGCCAAUCGAUGCGGCACUGAUCAGGCUCCGGAAGGUUCCCGUGGAAGAGGAAGCCGUCCCAGGCGGAAUUCAAUUCCAGUUGCGUAUCUUUGCAGCCGAAGGGGGCAAUAUGGAUUUUUGGUCUUUGCGCGACUUCUGCCAGGAUUUAGCGGUGAAGGCAGCCGACUGGAAGUGUUUUUGGUUGGCCGUUGGCCCGGUUCGUCUCCUAACCGCAUUUGACAUAACUGCUGCAGAAUACAUUGAGCCAGAGGAAGCAGAAUCAGCGCAUCGCAGUGAAGUCCAACGCAGACAAGCACUCGAUGCACUGUCGUUGUUGAAUCCAAGGCCCAAGCCCGACUCCCAUGCCAGGCGGCGAGGCCCAGACAGGAGCAAAACGAACAGAAAGAUGCCUGAUGCUAAGGCUAAGGAUACAAAGAAAACGGAAACAGCUUCAACAAGCCAGUCGAGCAAAGUACCGCCAAAGUCUUGGGUGCGAGACCCGGAGGAAGAUUGGGGUGGUAGCGAUUCGUCAGGGUCGGUGCCAUAUUGGGUUGAAGAUAACGAUAACGAUAACGGCAGCAACGAGGACGAAGCAGGAGAGGCCAGUGCAGCAGAUAUGGCCGCAUCUUCAAGCAGCUCUGCUCGGGCCUCGAGGCCGAUCGUUUCUGUUGCACCGGCCCCUGGGCCGAGGGUUGCGCCGGAUGAGCCACAUGCUCCAACUGAUGUGCAGCGGCCGUGCAGGAAAGAGCUGGCUUUGGGUGAGUUCUCCGAAGAAGAGUGCUACCUCCGCCUCAAACGCUGGUUGGUCGCUGGGCUUCGCGACAGUGACUGGCCGGUGAAUGGUAGGCGCGAGUAUCAUGUGUCCAUGGGUGGCUUGCGUCUCCAUGAGUUCAAGGACGGCCUGACUUCGGCGCAGCUGGAUGCAGCAGUAGGCCACGUAGCGGACGACGGCGACGGUGGCAGCAGCGACAACGGUGCCGAGUCCGACCAGGAGACGGAGGCAGAGGAAAAGGCGACAGGUCCUCCGGACGGCUAUGCGGCAACAUAUGGUUCCUACAAGAAAUAUCACGAGUUUAUCAAGAAAAAAGAGAACCAGGCAAAGCACAAGGACUUCUUGAAGGGCCGCAAAGAGUGGUUGCGGCAACACGAAGAGAACCCAGAUCGCACCAGACUCAAAUGCAAACAGCAGAUACAUGCUGCGACGAAGCUGGAAACCGAGAAGUCCAUCGGUGGCCGCUUCAAGGGUCCGAGGAUGAAGUUCGUGACGAGAGAGGGGCACGACCCGGCGUUGCAUGGAGAAUGGGAUCCGAGCAAGGUCGUAAAGCAAACCGUCUUUGGCGAAGAGCACGAGGGAAUGUGGGUGAAGGAAGGCAAAGAUGGUGUGUUCGACUACGAGGCUUAUGAUGAUAGAUCCUUCAAGGAAACUACGACGCAGCACGAAGCCGACGACAGUGCUUGUGCUGCCGAAGCCUUGGGGCGCAAGCGCAAAGCCAACGAGGAGGCGUUCCAAGCAGCAGCGAAGGCCAGGGCCAGCCAGGCUGUAGAGGGCCAGGAGCUGAGCCUGACAGAUCUCUUGGGCCAGCUGCAGGCCGGGUUUGGAAGUGGCUUGAAGGCUGCUCCUGACGCGGCCUCUGGCCAUGGUUCCGGGUCAAACAGUGAUGCUGAGAGCGUCCAAAGCAGCAACAGCGACGAGGAGGGUUCUGAGGACGACGAGCGGCCUUUGGCCUCGUUCUUUGGGGCGUCUUCGGCCACACCGAAAGCCAAAGCAAAAGCGAAGGUCCCGGCCCAACCCGCACCUAAGACCAGCAACAGCAAAGGCACCGAGCACGCGCCGAAGAACAAGGCCAAGCCAAAGAGACUGUCAAAGACGGGCUCGAGCAAGGGCGACCCAAAGGAGACGCCGACGAGCACCCCUGGCCUCAGGCCCAGCCCGACCACCCCGAAGGCCCCAAAGGAGUCGAAGAAGCAGGACAAACAGAAGGAUGCCGCCGCAGAGGACACCGCAACGGAUGCAUUCCCGAGGACAUCUGCCAUGCUCAUGCUCGACGGACGGGCCCAGAGAUCCUUGAAGACUUGCAAAGACACGCUGAGCGACAUCCUGAACAAGUUUGCGGAAGUCAAGUUGGAUUGCCAGCCGCCUGGUCCCGACAAGGAAUCUCGGCUAGCGUUCAAGAACGAGUGCCUCGCAAAGUCCAGAAUUUUGCAAAACUUUUCAAAAACAGCAAAAGACGUGCAGAAGCGCAUGGAGAAGUCCCCGAACAAGGAUCAGCUGACGACUACGUUGGAGCAGUUGCAAACCAUCGAGACGGGCAUGCAGGCAUUGGUCAAGUUGUUGGCUCAAGUCGGCUUAGAGAGUCCCGACAUCGAGCAGGUGGUCCGAGCACACGAAGAAGCUGAAGACUUCAUCAAAUGUGAGCUCUUCACUGAACUUCGGGGGCUUGGCCCAGCGUUCCAGCUGAAGUUCCUGGUGGCCAAGGCUUCUUGCCGGUGUCUCUACAGCAAGUACGAGGAGUUCUGGCAACAUUUCCUCAUGGAAUCGGAGUUGACCAAGUCUUUGGUGGAUAAGGGGUUCAGCUCAGCGAUCUUGGCCGAAGUGGAGAACCGGGUCCUCAUGACGUUGUGUGCAAUCCAGCCUACCGACCUCAGUGGGCUGAGCGAUGCCAUUCCACAAGAUGGACCAGUGUAUGAAGCUCUCCAACUGUGCCAGGCUAUGCUGGACGUCUACUCCGAGAACAGUAGUUCUGAAGAGUUUGUUCCAGCUUCGAUGGCGGAUGACAUGAGUGUGGCUGUAGCGAUGAUGGGUCAGGCCGAUAUGGACAUGAAGAAGCUCGGCACGAGUGUUAAGACUUUGCAGGAUAAUAAGGCUGCUUUGGAAAAGGAUGCCGAUGGAGACACCAGCACCAGCGUGAGUGCGAUUCAGCGGUUCUUCAUUCAACAUCCAGUGGGCUUGGCUAUGUUCGAAGCGGCCUCUGGCCGGGUUCAGCACGGCAAGAAAGAGGCUGAAGUUGAAGAGAGCCUCGAAGCAUUGGAAGAUGCCCUUCAAAGUCUCGAAACGUCCCUACAGGACGAUGGGGGGAUCUUUGACCGACUAGUGCCAGCGCGAGAUGCGUGGAAGGUAUGCUCUUCAAAGAUGAAGGCUUUCAAGAGCAAGAAAGCCAAAAGUUUCGAGGUGCUUAGCAAAAGGAUGGAAAGGAUGGAGACCAAGUUCUUUGGGCUGGUUGAGACGGUUUCGCGCCGGAAAUUGCAGGUCAACUUGCUCGAGAUGUUGUGGAACCAUCUCUGCGAAGCAGUGGCUCAGGAUGGCAAGACAUCUGAUGCCGAUGGCCAGCUCAGUCUCAUCAACCUUGACGAGACCUGGCCAGCUAUCCGGUGCACAUCCUUUACUCAGAACCCGUUCUGGAGCACCCUCCCUAGCCACGUGUACCCGUGGCUGAAAGACUAUCUGGCACUGGCAAACUCGCUUUGCGAGUUGGGCGACUUUGUGUUUCGCCAGUUGCCUGCUUUCAGUCAUCUUCCCCGGAAGGAGCGGAGCCCCGAAAGCGUGAGAGCGUGGCUCACAGGUGUGGCGCCUGAUCUGAAGCGAUGGUGGCCUGAGGGGCACGAAGAUAUGCAUUGUCGUUUCGAGAAGUUGUUCCUGAGCCCCUGUAAGUCGCACCUCACCAGUUUGUUCACUUCAGGCCUCGGGUCGGGUCGUUGUCCCAGACAGUUCGCCAGUGCAUCGACGGAGAGGUGGGAGGAGGUGGCUGCCGUGCAACGAGCAGAUAUGAGCAAAGCUGAUCACCCGGCUUUGGUCGUGGCACUUUCGAACGUCAGCGCGAGCUUCCUGAAGGCAAUCGAAGAAGCCAAAACACAAGAGGACUUCAGCGAAGGAUUGAAGGCUUCUUCUUUGGACCAGUCUGGGGAGUGGCUUCGCAGCAUCGGCUCCUCGCUCAUUGACACCAUCAUCCAGAAGCAGGCCGCAGGCUGCAAAUCAUUGGAGGCUGCCACUGGGGAGGUUGAAGCAGUGGUCAAGGCGUUACCAAGCACGGAGAAUGAGGCAGCAUAUCGCGAUGGAGCACUCCCCGUUUUGACAGGUUUGGCCAGAAAGGUGCAUCGUGUGGCGGACGAGUUGAAAAAUUCGGAUGCCCGUACGGAGAUGCAGCAGAAGCUGCACAAACUUGCUUUCAGUUCGGAACUGAAGCUGGAUUUCCCCGAAGAGAAGCUUGCGGCCUCUGGCCUAGUUCAGCCUGCAAAAUUGGCAGUGGCAGUGGGUUCUUGCCAUAUUGCUGCUGUUGCCGCCAUCUGUCUGCUCAGGAGUGACUCUCUUGGGCAGACCUCAGCAGCUGGAGUGAAGACCAUGCAAGGUUUGAGCGACACAGCUGUCACUUUGCGAAGCAAACUAGACCUGCUGGCAGCUUGUGGCGAGCUUCCACCGGAGCACAGUGCUUUCAAGGGUUUCGCAGACAAGGUACUUGCAGAAUGUAACAGCAUUGUCCAAGUGAAAGCAUCCGGUGAGGACCUUGAUCAGGAAGCCGCGCCCGACCCGAAAGCCAAGGAUAAGAAGGAUAAGCCCGGCAAGGAGAAGAAAAGCAAGGAUGUCAAGCACGAGAAGGAGGCCAAGGACAGCAAGAUGAAGAAGGCUGAAAAGAAGGACAAGAAGGACAAGGACCACGGCGUCAAGGAAAAGAAGGCCAAGAAGAAAGAAAAGGAUGAAGAGAUCAACUUGAGUGAUGACGAUGAGGAGGAUGAGGAGCCUCAGGAGCUACCCCCGCCCAAGAAGCCACGGACCGGAAGAGCAGGUGGCCCGACCGAGGCUUUGCUUGACAUGGCGGGCAAAGGGCUUCCUGCCAAAGUUUGCACGGCCAAGGCCAAGGUCAAGGCCAAGGCCAAGGAAAAGCCAGCGUCCAAGGGGCCCAAGGGCAAGGCAAAGGUCGAGCCUUCAGGGGGUGUCAGAUCACUGGUCGUGCGCAUGCUACAACCGCAGCAUCUUCACAGUAGCGUGCAGAGUUGCGAUUCUGCUGUUGCGUGUGCAGUGCGUUGCUCAGCUUCGAAGCUUAUCAUUGUUACUGUUUCCCGUUUUGUUUCGACCUUCCCAAUGUUGCCGGAUGCCAAGAAGCCCAGGAGACUGCAGCGUGUCGAAUCAGGAGAUGCUGACUUGAUGCUGCAGGCUUCCCGCCGGUGUUGUCCUGCAGAGGCCAUCAAGGAUGGUUCCCUCUUGGAAGUCUUGGCUGCCGAGAAUUUUCGGGGGUUUCAGGCACUGCCGGGGCAAGAGGAGGCCUCGGCCUUUGGCCCAGUUGCAGCUCGAAAGCAACCGCUGCGACUCACAUGGGCUAGUUGCUGCAGUGGAUCGGAGGGGGCUUGGUAUGUCAUGGCAGCGAUCAACAAGGCCUGUCGCGAAAUGGGCCUCGGCGUCAGGUUCGAACACGUGUUCUCGUGUGAGUCGAAUGCAGAAAAACGGGACUGGAUAAGAGAAGUGUUCAGUCACGAUGAAGAUGAGACCGAUGCUGAUGAUUACUAUGACGGCUGGUGCAUCUUCGAAGAUAUCACCGCGCUAUGUGAGGGAGAGGCGAAAUGCGCGCUACACGAUUGCUUGUGCAAAGUGAAAUCCGUAGACCUUUUGGUGCUUGGUACUUCUUGCAAGGACCUUUCCAAGCCAAACAUGGUUGUGCAGCUCGGCUUGUCAGUGGUCAUCGGUGGUGGUGCUUUGUCAAAGUACGAAAACGUCGAUUCCAUCGAUGACCAGCUUUCUCAGAAUGCGCAGACGAACCUCGACAUACUCAUGGAGGUCAUGCAGAACAUGUCCUACGAAGGGCAAGUGGUCAUGACAGAUGCGCUCGAGUUUGGGCUGCCAUGCCGACGUAAGCGAGUGUACAUCUUCUUCAUUAACAUGAAGAGUCCCAAGUUGGACUUGGCAUCACGGCCUUUGGCCACGGUUUGGGAGUGCUUUCGAACGUGUGUAACGUCCUGCGUUCGCUCAGCUCCUUCUGCAGCUGACAUCUUGAUGGAAAGCCAGUGCGAGGAAGCCUUGCAGCAUUUGCAAACCUUGCAAGAGAAGCAGCAAGCGGCAGCCUCAAGGAAAAAGGCUGGCACCAAUUGGAUUGAGCAGCACAUGAAGUUCGCAGAGGGCUUGGGGAUUCGGUGGGGGUUUAAAGCCGAUGAGGAGCUGGGCUCGAACCCGUGGUUUAAGCUUCUCACGGACAGGGAGCAGGACGUGCUGAAGCUUUCUCGGAAAGCAGUGCCACAGUGUAUGUUCAGGAACUUGAGCCAGUCCUUGAACAGGGCGCACCACUCCACAAUCUCGGAGUCAGGGCGGUACCUUGCACCGACCAUGCUCCCCGGUCAGCUGCUGUGGGUUGAGUUGCUGAAACCCCCACGGUUCCUGCUGGGCCGAGAAGCUCUGUUGUUUCAGGGCUUCCCGGUGCCGCGUUACUUUGAGAAUUGUGACCCAGAAUACCAACCGACAGAACAGCUGAUGCAGGACCUGGCCGGGAAUGCAAUGGCAUUGCCGGUCCUAUUGGCCGUCAUCCAGAGCAUGAUGGCGUCAGCCUGGUUGAAGCCUCAGCAGAAGGCAGCCUCCAGUGAAAACUUGGAGACGGCGCUUAGCGCUUUGGACGUGCUUAUAGCCCAGGGCUUGAAGCAGGGCGCCACCUUUGCAUCUGCAGGCGAUUUUUCAGUGCGCCACCUGCUACUGCAAGUGGCAGUGAAGGUGCCCAACGCGUUCUCUUCGCAGCUGGACGGCCGCAUCGCGAUGGCCCAGGGGAAUGCAUUUGGCCCCGAUGAUCAGGAGCGGCUGCUGGAUGAGGCCACGGCGGUGGUGAAGGAGCAAGCCUUCUACAUGCGCAAAGCCAUCGACGGAGAUAACGUGCGGGACGCGUUGAAGAACGCCUCCAACAUGAUUUGUGAGCUCCGUACUUCCCUGCUGUCUCCGAAGAAUUACUUCGAGCUGUAUAUGCAGGUCUUCAACGAGAUGCAGCACCUGGCCGGUUUCUUCGGGGACAAGGGACGGCACAAGAAGAAGAUGAUUGAUCUCUACGAGUCAGUGCAGCACGCCGGCAAUAUUCUGCCCAGACUGUACCUGCUAGCAACAGUGGGGGCGGCUUACAUCAAGUCCCUGGAAGCUCCUGCGAAGGAAAUUCUCAAGGACGUCAAUGAGUUGUGUAAAGGCGUGCAGCAUCCUCUUCGAGGGCUCUUCCUGCGGUACUACCUGUCGCAGAUGCUGAAGGACAAGCUGCCAGACACUGGCUCUGGCUUCGAAGGGGAGGGAGGGGACAUCAACGAUGCUUUCGACUUCAUCUUCACCAACUUCCAGGAGAGCAACCGGCUCUGGGUUCGCAUCCAGCAUCAAGGCCCUACCAGGGAAAAAGAUCGACGAGAAAGAGAGCGCCAUGAUUUGCGAGUGCUCGUUGGCGCCAACCUCGUUCGACUUAGUCAGCUGGACGGCAUGACCAUGGAUUUCUAUGCGGAGACAGCCCUCCCGAAGAUCCUGGAUCACAUUGUCUCGGUAAAGGACGUGAUGUCCCAACAGUAUCUGCUGGAGAGCAUGAUCCAAGUCUUCCCCGACGAGUUCCACAUUCGCACUCUCGAGCAGAUGCUCGCAUCCUAUGUUCGGGCGCUGCCGAAUGUAGACAUGACGCCCAUCAUGGUUACGCUGUGCAACCGGCUGGCGAACUACCUGUCCGAGGCAGACAGCGCCAAGACAGAAGCAGCUGGGGAUAUCUUCUCGCUCUUCCGAUCCCAUCUCCAGGGGAUCUUGGAGCGAGCCUUGCAGCCGCAACAGCAAAGCCAAGGGGGCGUUGCUGUUGCAUCGCCAGUGCCCGACAUGGCACCUCCGCUACAGGUCCUGGCGGCCUUCAUGCAAUUCACAGUGUCCCUGUACCCGGACCAGGUCCACUAUGUCGACAUAAUCCUGGGAUCUGCCGCCGAGCUCCUGCAGAAGUUUAAGGCUCUACCAGGCUGCAGCGGUCCGAUAUCCGAGAAGGCCGCAGACCAGAUCGGGGAGUUGCUGGCCGGGCCAAUGAAAACUUUGGGCCUCGGAGUUCUGAAGAUGGAGCACUUCGCCGGGCUGGUCGGCUUCUUGAACUUCGAGAUCCGAAAGCAAGUUUCCUUGAACAUGGUCACGGCUAUCGUGGAGGAUGGGGUCCGAUUUGCAUCCCGUGCUAGCCACCGACAAGGCACUUUAGCGACCCUGAAGGAAGGGAAGUUCUUCGAUGCUGUGCAGCACAUCAACGCCUGCAUGCAAGCCUUCGCGAAGGUUUUGGGCGACGAGUCGGACAAGAUUUUGAAGGACCCCCCGGCGUUCAUCGCCGAGACGGUUCCGAAGGUCUCUGCGGAGCAGAAAGACACCCUUCGACAAAUGUACGAGCUCCGUGGUGAUAUCAUUACGGGCCUGGGUGCGCACAAGCGUGCAACCAGUGACUACGAGUGUGCACAGCAAUUGGGGAGCACAGACGGGGCACUGAAGGAUAAAGUGGCACAGGUGCAGGCAGCAAUGAAGGCAAAGCCUUCAGAAAGCAAGGUGCCAGUCACGGUACUCACCGGAUUCCUUGGAAGUGGGAAGACGACACUGCUGAAUCGCAUCCUGCACGAGAACCACGGCAAGCGCAUAGGCAUCAUCGAGAACGAGUUUGGAGAGGUCGGCAUCGACGACGGCUUGAUUGAGGCCGGCUCAAUCGCGACACAGGAGAACAUCAUCGAGAUGAACAAUGGCUGCAUUUGCUGCACCGUCCGAGGCGACCUCAUUGCCGGGCUAAAGAAGAUGAUCAAGAACGCAGUCAAGAACAACAAGCCACUUGACGGCGUCAUCAUCGAAACCACCGGCUUGGCAGAUCCAGCUCCUGUCGCACAGACUUUCUUCGCAGACGACUUUGUGCAGCAGAAGAUGUCCCUGGAUGGUAUCGUGACCCUUGUGGAUGCCAAGCACCUGAUCCCCCACCUAGAUGAAGAGAAGCCUGAGGGCGUCGAGAACGAGGCUGUGGAACAGUUGGCCUUUGCAGACCGCGUUGUCUUGAACAAGUGUGACCUAGUCGACGAACCACAUUUAGAGGAAGUGGAGAGACGCAUCCGGAUGAUCAACGAGUCUGUGAAGAUCCGCCGUGCCACUCAGAGCAAAAUUGACAUGGACUUCAUUCUCGGCAUCCAGGCCUUCAGCUUGGAUAAGAUCCUGGAAAUGGAUGAUGCCUUCUUGGAAGACAACCAAGACCAUCAACAUGAUGACCGUGUGACGUCUGCAGGUUUCCACGUGAAGGGCGAGGUAGAUCAGCAGAAGCUGAAUGAUUGGCUUGGCACGAUCCUCAAGGAGAAAGGGGCAGACCUCUUUCGUACCAAGGGUGUGCUGGCCGUGAAGGGCAUGAAGGAGAAGUUCGUGUUCCAGGCAGUUCACAUGGCCUUCACUGGCUCCCCACAGCGCCCAUGGGGGCCUGAUGAGGAGAGAGUCUGCAAGCUGACCUUUAUCGGGAAGAAUAUUAACCGGGAGGCGACCCUGAAGGAAGGGAAGUUCUUCGAUGCUGUGCAGCACAUCAACGCCUGCAUGCAAGCCUUCGCGAAGGUUUUGGGCGACGAGUCGGACAAGAUUUUGAAGGACCCCCCCGCGUUCAUCGCCGAGAUGGUUCCGAAGGUCUCUGCGGAGCAGAAAGACACCCUUCGGCAAACGUACGAGCUCCGUGGUGAUAUUCUUACGGGCCUGGGUGCACAUAAGCGUGCAGCCAGUGACUACGAGUGUGCACAGCAAUUGGGGAGCACAGACGGGGUGCUGAAGGAUAAAGUGGCACAGGUGCAGGCACUCAAGAAGGCAAGGCUCUCAGAAAGCAAGGUGCCCGUCACGGUACUCACCGGAUUCCUUGGAAGUGGGAAGACGACACUGCUGAAUCGCAUCCUGCACGAGAACCACGGCAAGCGCAUAGGCAUCAUCGAGAACGAGUUUGGAGAGGUCGGCAUCGACGACGGCUUGAUUGAGGCCGGCUCAAUCGCGACACAGGAGAACAUCAUCGAGAUGAACAAUGGCUGCAUUUGCUGCACCGUCCGAGGCGACCUCAUUGCCGGGCUAAAGAAGAUGAUCAAGAACGCAGUCAAGAACAACAAGCCACUUGACGGCGUCAUCAUCGAAACCACCGGCUUGGCAGAUCCAGCUCCUGUCGCACAGACUUUCUUCGCAGACGACUUUGUGCAGCAGAAGAUGUCCCUGGAUGGUAUCGUGACCCUUGUGGAUGCCAAGCACCUGAUCCCCCACCUAGAUGAAGAGAAGCCUGAGGGCGUCGAGAACGAGGCUGUGGAACAGUUGGCCUUUGCAGACCGCAUUGUCUUGAACAAGUGUGACCUAGUCGACGAACCACAUUUAGAGGAAGUGGAGAGACGCAUCCGGAUGAUCAACGAGUCUGUGAAGAUCCGCCGUGCCACUCAGAGCAAAGUUGACAUGGACUUCAUUCUCGGCAUCCAGGCCUUCAGCUUGGAUAAGAUCCUGGAAAUGGAUGAUGCCUUCUUGGAAGACAACCAAGACCAUCAACAUGAUGACCGUGUGACGUCUGCAGGUUUCCACGUGAAGGGCGAGGUAGAUCAGCAGAAGCUGAAUGGUUGGCUUGGCAAGGUGCUCCAGGAGAAAGGGGCAGACCUCUUUCGUACCAAGGGUGUGCUGGCCGUGAAGGGCAUGAAGGAGAAGUUCGUGUUCCAGGCAGUUCACAUGGCCUUCACUGCCUCCCCACAGCGCCCAUGGGAGCCUGAUGAGGAGAGAGUCUGCAAGCUGACCUUUAUCGGGAAGAAUAUUAACCGCGAGGACGACCGUGCCCUCAGCAGUGUGGACGAUGUUACGGCACUUUUCGGUUUCAUCGGCCCCCUGCUCAAGGACGAGGAGGACACGCCGAUGGAUGAGGCCAAAGACAAAGCCCGCUUUGCAGAGGAGCAGCACAAGGUCUGCAAGCUCGUGCAUCAGGUCCGGCACGAGGAUAGCGAUGUUGAGUUUCAGAUCCUCACGACGAUGCGAGGCUUCUUCGGACAGGGUGGACCGAACAGGCUCGUCUUCACUUUGCAGCCCAUCUUCUUCGCUGCCCUCGGGCUCGUGCCAAAGAUCCUUGCACGGGAGAAACGCCGGGCCGAGGAAGGAGAUGAGGCGGUCCCGCCACCUGCAGUCAGCAUGAAGAAGGUCUUCCAGUUCGUGCACAAGACGAACACGGCGCUCAUGCAGUCCUCACCGGACAUGGCGCUCCAUCUUUGGCUUGCUGCUGCCGUCUCGGCAGACCAAGUUGAGAGAGCCACUGGUGCACAGGGAGGCUAUGAGCCCAUCGCGUAUGAAUUCCUCACACAGGCCCUUGUCCUCUUUGAGGAGGAGAUUUCGGACAGCUCCAAGCAAUACAAGGGCAUCCAUAACAUAGUUGGUACCCUGUGCAAAAUCGCGGCCCUGGACCCGGAGAACUUUGACAAUGUCUCACAGAAGAUUACCAGGCACGCGGCGAAGCUGCUGAAGAAGCCAAUGCAGUGCCGGGCAGUGUCCGCUUGCUCUCAGCUUUUCUGGUGCGAUGCCAGACGAGAUGGGAAGAGAGUGCGGGAAUGCUUAGAGAGGUGUGUCAAAACGUGUGAGGCUGUGGUGCAGUCGGACUCCGCACAGGUUGGCCUGUGGGUGGAGAUGUUCGACAGAUAUAUUUACUACUACGAAGUGCAGUGUGAAGAGGUAGGCAUCACCUUCCUGCAGAGUUUGAUGCAGAUCUGUGUGGAGCACAUUGACUUUGCUCUCAAGGAUGCGCAAGCAGAAGCAGAGGCCAGAAAAGCCAAGGUCCCCCACUGCAUUUUUUUACACAUUCAUGUUGGUGUCGAGUGCAAAAUAUCUGAGGGGAUUUCAGGUUUCCUUUCGUCAGGGGUCCCGGCAGUCGCAAUAGGCGUGGAUGCAAAAAGGCGCUGCAGGUCGGUUGGCCCCUUCAUGCGUUCCUUCCUCCUGUGCAGCGAGGUGAAAUAA